AUGGAGCCCCCCCCAAGAAAUGCAGCCCAACGACGUUCCCCGUCGAGACCCUCCUUUCAAGCGCCCACAAAGGCGAGUCUGGCGCGAUCACAUCCCGAAAUUCUGGAACGCGCCUUGAGUAGGUCUCCAACGAGAAACCCCGCGCGCAAGGAUGACCAGCAAACGGCGGCUGAAACGAGGGCUUUUGGGUUGCGGGACAGAAAAGCCCUCAGACCCUCAAUCACGUUGACACAAAGCCCAGUAGACUCCCUCGAUCAGAGUCAACAAUCCCCUCUCGCCCUCUUCAAUCGGCGAUCCAGUGGACUGGCGGCGUUUGCUGCACCCCCGAGGCGCGUGUCAAAAAGAAUAAGCGCUUCGGAUUUAUUAUUUCAAUCUCCAACAGCGUCGCAAGAAACUAGGAUGCAGGCGAGCGUGGAAAAUACACCGGAAGACCAGCUGGCGUCUGAGUUGGGCAGCGCAACAGGAGACUUGAGUGGGGAUAUAGAGGGCCCUUCCUUGCAUGACGGAUUCGAUGAACCUGAUCUACCCCCAACACCGACCCAAUUAGGCCUGCAGCCGCCACCUGGGAGACCCAAAGGGUUAUUUAGCAGCAGUCCUAGUAUACAACAUGGGAAAUGGGCGAAACGACGAGCAACAGGGGAUCUGGAGAACAGUCCGUCUAAGCUUAGGACUGUAGAUUAUGGUACUGAGCCAAAAGACUUAACGGAACAUGUUGCGACUAUGAAUGAUUCUCUUUUUCCUGAAUCGGUUGUCAAAAAAAGGAGGGUCAGGAGAGAGCUUUCGGCCGACCUUGAGUCUUUCAACCAAGAUAUCGUCAAACUGGAGGGUCUUUGCGAGAAACUUCAGCAACAAGGAGAAGAUAUUGAACCCUACCUGAACGAUUUAAGUUCUCUUUUGGUAUCUACCGGUCCGUCUCAUGCUAACUCGGCGAAUCUACAUUUCAACGAUAACCCAAUUUCAUCCCUUAUAUCGACAUUACUACCGUUUGGCACGAAGCGUCCACUAAAGCCACGUCGUCCUCGUCUAGAACUGAAUCCUUUUGCUCUUGACCAUAACACGUAUACAGACUCAUACUUGUCUGGACUCGCACCCUUGAAAAUCACGUCGACGUCGAACACCACCUCCGCUUUGGAGUCGGGCCGUUUUACCGAAAGGCAUCAGAUCGUACUGUCCGCACCUCGCCCAUUUCCUCCCAACAUUUACAAGAUAUCGGUUUCCUAUGAAACAAACCUAGAUAUGCAGUCUCUAGUAUCCUUAUCGGCAGAGGUUGACGAAAGACCCCACGACUAUCUCCAGCAAUGGCUGAACAAACGGCUGGAAAAUCGCCUUCUAAAAUUAGACGUCCUUGGGCUUUGUUGGGGUAUUAAUCGCUACUGGGAGGCUCUAGUAUCGCGUGGUCAAAUAUGGGCUGAAAUAGCGGACCAACACUCCUACCUAAUCCCUAGUCGCAACAAAUCUACCCAUUUUGGAAAGUCUAAGAAGCUUGAUCAUCUUCACCUGAGAAACACAGGGAUCAUCACUACCUCAGAUAUACGACGAAUACUUCCUCACCUCCAGCGCACGUCCAUGAUUUUUGAGUCGAAACAGAAAUCUCUUGAAGCUCUCCUUCUAUGCGAACUGACCAUUGACGAGUGGAGCGGCGAGCCGGAGCUAGUGCCCACUAUAUGCGUAUCGACUUCAGGAUUCGACGGUGGCUCAAGUGAGAAAGUGGAACAGGAAGCAAAGAAGCUCUUCGAGACGAUGUUGAGCGAAAACACCAAGCCCCAUGCAGGAUCCGCGGGCGGCUCUGAUGGCCAAGCCAUCGUAAAAGCUACAACUUGUGUGCUGAACGUCUUAUUUGGGAAGGAUGAAAGACAGAAUAUGCAUGGUCUGGGUUAG